AUGUCGCGACCCCUCUUUUGCCUCGUUUCUGCUAUAUUGUUGCAAAAUGCAGCUACGAAACUCGUCGAUUCUGAUGAAUUACUUGAGGACCUGGAGCCUUCUGAUAUUGACAGAAAUCUGAAAAUCGUGAACGGUAAAGACGUGCACAUCAGCCAAUAUCCGUAUGCGGUCUCUGUUCAGCGCCACGGACAGCAACCACCGCGAUGGAUAGACCAAUGGGUGCACGAAUGCACGGGAACGCUGAUCGGACUUCGCUGGGUGCUCACCGCGGCGCAUUGCAACAUCAAAGAAGAGAAUGGGGGGCUGAACGAAAUUCGCGUCGUACUUGGCGCUACGAACAUCAACAUCAAUGGCAAAUACAAGCCGGGAGAUGGGGCGCAAGAAAUCAAGAUCAGACAUAUCCACCGGCAUCCAAAUGCACGGCCGGUGCCGAACCACAACCGGGUGUUCGACACCUACGACCCGUUCGGGAUCUCGUUGCUCGAGUUGGAUCACGACGUGAGACUCCAUGAGGGUAGUGUCAUCCCGGUUACGCUAGUCCGGGAGGGUUCGGCAGCUUUUGCUACCGUGCGGAAAUAUUGGAGCAUUGUCACCGGGUUCGGAUGGGGCAUCGAGGCUUUGCGAGCCCCCUUCCAUCCCCUCCUUCGCUUCUACCAGGCGGGCUAUACAUCCGGCUGCACCCGGAUCUCACACCCCAACUUUAUCUGCUUCGACUAUCUGGACUACCCGAAGCGGUCGUUUCCUUGCUAUGGAGAUGAGGGAGGCGGCAUCAUCGUGCAAGUGGCCAGCCCGUCCGGUCAUAUGCCAUACUACUGGGUGAUGCUGGCCAUGAACAUUAACGGUCCGCAUUGCUCGGAAAAUCAGCAGCAAGCCCUUCGAGUGACCCUCUUCUGCGAGUGGUUCGAGCAAAUUACCGGCAUCCAAUUCUGCCUCAGCUCGCUUGUU